CGUGCCUGGUCCUGCUGCUAGCAGAAGUCAGCUCCUCUGCUGGAAGAGGCAUGGGCACAUGGCCGCCAAAGGUGGCUGAGUCCACAGAAGAAAAGCCCCUGCGCCUCCGCAGCGCUCCCUGACAGGGCUGACUUGGAUGUGGAUUAAUUUGAGAGAUUUGAAGGAGCACUGGUAAAGCAUGGUGGCGCAUGAUGAGAAUGGAGGUCUCCUACCCAUUAAAAGGACUAUACGAGUCCUAGACGUUAAUAACCAGUCCUUCAGAGAACAAGAGGAACCAAGCAAUAAAAGAGUUCGACCUCUAGCUCGAGUCACAUCCUUGGCAAAUUUAAUCUCUCCUGUAAGAAAUGGAGCAGUCAGACGCUUUGGUCAAACAAUACAGUCAUUUACACUUCGUGGUGACCACAGAUCCCCAGCCUCUGUCCAGAAGUCCUCUAGCAGGUCAACAGUCCCAACACCUACCAAAAGACGAAGCAGUGUGCUGUGGUCAGAGAUGUUCGACGGCAGUAUGAAGGAGUCUUUAACCACCAGAGAAAUUAAACGUCAGGAGGCAAUAUAUGAAAUGACUCGGGGAGAACAGGAUUUAAUCGAGGAUCUCAAGCUUGCAAGAAAGGCCUACCAUGACCCCAUGUUAAAGUUAUCCAUCAUGUCAGAAGAGGAACUCACACACAUAUUUGGUGAUUUGGACUCUUACAUACCUCUCCAUGAAGAUUUGUUGGCAAGAAUAGCAGAAGCAACCAAACCUGAUGGAACAGUCGAGCAAAUUGGUCACAUUCUUGUGAACUGGUUGCCAGGCUUGAAUGCCUACAAAGGAUAUUGUAGUAACCAGCUCGCUGCCAAAGCUCUUCUUGAUCAAAAGAAACAAGAUCCAAGAGUCCAAGACUUCCUUCAGCGAUGUCUUGAGUCUCCCUUCAGUCGAAAACUUGAUCUUUGGAGCUUCCUUGAUAUCCCUCGAAGUCGCCUAGUCAAAUACCCUUUACUGCUGAAAGAAAUUCUUAGGCACACUCCAAAAGACCAUCCUGAUGUUCAGCUUCUGGAGGAAGCUGUGCUGAUAAUACAAGGAGUUCUUUCUGAUAUCAACUUGAAGAAAGGAGAAUCUGAGUGUCAGUAUUACAUUGACAAGCUAGAGUAUCUAGAUGAAAAGCAGAAGGACCCUAGGAUUGAAGCUAGCAAAGUGUUGCUGUGCCAUGGGGAACUGAAGAAUAAAAAUGGACACAAACUUUACAUUUUUCUGUUUCAAGACAUUUUGGUUUUGACUCGGCCUGUUACACGAAAUGAACGCCACUCUUACCAGGUCUACCGGCAGCCAAUCCCAGUCCAGGAGCUAGUCCUGGAAGACCUGCAGGAUGGGGAUGUGCGCAUGGGAGGGUCCUUCCGAGGAGCUUUUGGCAACUCAGAUAAAGCUAAAAAUAUCUUUAGAGUUCGCUUCCAAGACCCCUCUCCAGGCCAGUCUCAUACUCUGCAAGCCAAUGACGUGUUUCAUAAGCAGCAGUGGUUCAAUUGUAUUCGAACAGCCAUUGCCCCUUUCCAGCAGGCCACCAGUCCACCAGAGCUUCAGGAUUUGCCAGAACUCCACGAAGAGUGUGAGGAGAACAAGCCUUCUGCUGGGAACCUCAGGGCUCAGAGAAGGGCAUCGACAGCCUCUAGUGUGAUUCAGGUAGAAGUUGAUGAAAACACUCCAGAGUGCAGUUCCAGUGUACAAACAGAAGAUACCAAGGCCCACCGAGCACAGUCUGGCUUCCACAGAGCAAGGGACAAAGCCCAGUUAGGUGGCAAGCGGAAAGAGACUUUGGUAUAAAGGAAGCUCUGUGUAUUAACUUGUGGAGAGACUGUUUAUUUAUAAAUGUGUACAGUUUAAUUUUUCUUGUAAUGUGAGCAUGGGAGCAUCAUAGAGUUACUUUGUUUCAGCUGUAACAUUUUCAUUGUUUUGGGUAUUUUCUUUUUUUGGUUUUUGUUUUUUUUUUUUUUUUUUUUUUAAUGGCAGCUAAAGAUACAUGAAUUACUGUCAAAUUACAGGGUUUUGUUUUUUUUUCCCCCAAAGAUAUUUUCUUGGGUUACUUAGAACAUACAAUCUUGAUAUUUUUUAAUCAAAUGAAAUACUUUUGAAAUGGAUUUUCUCCUAAUUCUGAACUUGUGACUUUCCAGACCUACCAGUUGUAAUAUUAACAAUAUUCUCAAAAACUUAGAAUUUUACAAGUACUGAAAUUCUGCCAAUGUUUAUUUGAUAAACUUUGUGUGCAGAAUAUGAAGUUUGAAUAUUGAUACCUAAAAUCCAUGUGGAAUAUAUGGUUAGAGGACUUUAAAAUUUAUAAUGAAACAGUUUCCUCAGAAAGCAAACUAUAAAACUUCAUAGACUUUUCAUUUCAUCAAACUGGAAUGCUUCAUAUUAGUUUGUUGCUCAUUGCACAUUCCUCAUUUUUUUCAUUCAUUUAACCUGCCAAUUAUUUAAUUUUUUUAUUGUAAAGUAGUUUUUAGUAUUUGCUUUUAUUUUUUUACUUUGAUGCCUUUUUAAAUUGGCAUGUCUUUAAAGUGUCUUUCUUCCUGAUUAAAAAUGUAUGUGUGUGUGUAUAUAUAUAUAUUUUUUUAAUCAUAUUAACUUUACCAAGUGAAACCAAGCCAUACUGUGUUUGAGCCGAUUAGAAGGUUAUAAUUUUUACAUUUUAUAGCAUAUCAGAGUGGUGAAGACACAUGAAAUGAGUCAGUAUGUUCUAGACUACUGAAAGAAAACCACCUCAUGGAUUUUGUUGAAAGUUUUAGUGUUGUCUGAAAAGCAAGAGAGAAGGCAGUCUGGUGUAAGUAAAAAAAUAAAAAGAGGGGAAAGAGAGUAGAUUUGUCUUAAAGUAAAAAUGUCUGGUUGUACCAGAAUAUGAAAGGAGAUAGAAAAGUUCAAUUUGAGAGAGUAUAGUAAGUUGUAGAAGGCUCGAGGGGAAGUGGACUUUAUUUGUCUUGGUUUAUAGUACCUGCAGAUAAUGAGUUUGAAAAGAAACAAUGAAAUGUCUUAAAAUUGGGCCACAUUAGAUCAGUUUUGGUGGAUGUAUUCAUAAUAUGGAGAAAAGAUUGGUGAAUCUGUUACUGCAAAAUGCUUCUGUUAAAAUGAAAUGAUAAUCAUUACAAGGAGGGGGUGGGAGGAUUUUUAUGCCCAAUGUCAUAUAAAUUUAUAAUGGUGAUCAAUUCAAGUCAUUGUUGACUAUUAUGUGAAAUAUGUUUGGCCAGUGGAAGUGCAGAAUUGGAAAAAAAUUGUAAAUAGAUCAAUCCAAAUGAUUUUUCUGUAUAAAUGAAUUAUACAAUUAAAGAAAGCACACACAUAAUCACCCUAAAGGUUUCUUGCCUGAUGGAUAUUUUGGGAGCAUCUACUAGAAUAUGUUGAUGUGGCAGGUCUCUGAAAAGUUAAAAGAAGUUUUAUAAUUUCAGCAUGCACUGAUGAGUAAGAGAAAGGUUUAGUUACAUCAAUAUGGUGAAUCUUAUGAGAUAAACGUGAACAUAGCAUACUCAUAUAAUGAUCGUAUGAACACAGAUGAACAUCUGGGCACUUACUGGCUGUGUAAUAAAACUAAGAGCAAAACAUCCCAAUUAAUUUAUAAAUUUGAUAUUUCCAUUUAGGUGUCUCAGAUCCUAAUAUUGGAAAUUCAAAUUCAAAAAUGUAGGCUAUACCAAUAAUUGAUCUGUAACACCAGACAGCAAGUUUUCUAAUCAUCUUGGAGGUACCACAUUGAAUAUCAUUCCUUUCAGAGUUACCUGGCUUCUGAAAUUAUGGAAGCCAGUGGCAGUCCAAGUAUAGGAGGAAUGAUGUUGUAUCUAAAACAUGUGUUUCUUUGGUUUCUUCCAAAUUAGAAAGACUCAGAAACUGAUAUGUGAAAUGAAUAGCCUUCAUCAACUGCAUUUAUGUUUGAGAGCAUUCAGUCUUACAGCCCAGGAGUUCUAAAAUUUGUUUCAAAGUCAGAGUCACAAGUGGUGUUUAAACGUGCCUAUAGCAUUUUGAUGAAUCCAGACCAGGGUUGAGGGAGAGUAGAAGGUUAACCAUUUAUGUUUGCAAAUGCACCCUCCUAGUAAUUCUUUGGAUCUGCAUUAGGUAAUCAAUUACCUAGUCAAUGUGCUUUAUGUACGUGACUUACAAUAAGCCUUACCAUCUUUCCUGGUUGCCUUCCAACUUGGAGCUGAAGAGAAAUCUUCCAGAGAAUAGGCUUAUGUAUUUUCAGCAAACUAUAAAUAAUGCCUAACUGGAAGUUCUUCUUAAACUCAGUGCUCCAUUUCAGGUUGUGUGCACAUAAAAUGGUAAAGGAGGAGACCAAGUCAUCUAAUUAGCCAGCAGUCAAUAAGGUGAUAACCUCAUCAAAUCACCAUGUAUUAAAACAAAUGUCACCUGACCCUCUACAAGUGUUCAGCUACUUUCAUGCUACUUUGUGUUUAAUACUUCUUUAAUGCAGAUGAAGCACACAAUGCUUGCUUAUUUUAUUUCAGAUUUAAUUGGCUAACUGUAAUGUUAACAGAUUUUAUAGGCAUCAGAAAAUGCAUCGUUAAGACCUCUGUGAAUCAUGAUGGCCGAGAUACAGAAAAAGUGGCCAUUGUUUUUCUUUAUCAUCCUCUAUGUCAACUCCUGCUUCUCCCUCAAGAUGAAACUAUUUAGUAAUAAACUUUGUCUUUGGGA